CAUUUACGUUUCAUCAUUCUAAAAAUCCAGGAGCUAACAUUCUAGUGCAGUUCGAGUGAUCGCGAAGUGACACAUUUUCAAUGGCGGACGAAGCCAGUCUACAGAUCAACAUUGCUGACCCAGACGGUCCGGCUUCUGAACCUGGACCGUCAGAACCCCGUGAAUCCCUACGAUCAGGAACGAAGAAGAACAGGAAGACGACGGAAAAUGAAGAAUCUCCAGAGAAGAAGAAAUCCGUUUUUCUCCCGGGGAAAGCUAUGAAAGACGGAGAAGUUUUGGUUUGUGACAAAUCCGUAUAUUAUCUCUUCGAAGAACUACAAGCAGGAUCUCCCUGCCUAAGCUUCGAUAUAGUGAGAGAUUCUAUGGGAGAAAAGCGAGUAACAUAUCCUAUGUCGGCAUGUAUCGUUGCGGGAACUCAAGCUGAUCAUCAGCACGAUAAUAACCUCCUGUUGCUGAAGCUGGGAAACAUGCAUCAAACUGAGGAAUCCCUUAAAAAGCGCGACGACGAAACGGAGGAUUCGGAAGAGAGUUCUGAUGAAUCCUCCGAUGAAGAAGUGGAAGAAUCGACACUCUCUGCGAUAUCUGUGAAGCACAAGGGAUGUGUUAAUCGGGUUCGAGCAACGUGUGUUGGGGCAAGAACUUUAGUCGCUUCCUGGUCAGAAGUUGGUUCUGUCUUCAUUUGGGAUGUUUCAUCCCUGCAAGCGAAACUAUGUGGCCAUUCUGAAUCAGAGGAGUUGCAGGAACGUGCAGAUGGAUUUUCGCCUGUGUUUUCAUUUUCCGGUCAUCUAUCGGAAGGAUUUGCUGUAGACUGGUCGCCAACAGUUCCCGGAAACCUAUUGACAGGCGAUUGUAGGAACAAAAUCCACCUGUGGAAACCAAGCAAUGAGGCAAACACCUGGAAUGUAGAUCAGCGUCCAUUCUCAGCUCACACUGGUUCGGUAGAAGAUAUUCAAUGGUCCCCGUCAGAAGCAUCUGUCUUCGCGUCGUGUUCUGUUGAUAAAAGUGUGCGAGUGUGGGAUGUGCGAGCGCAGCCACACAAGGCCUGCAUGAUAACAGUUUCAGAAGCCCAUACUUCAGACGCCAACGUUAUCAGCUGGAAUCGCGUAGAUCCUUUUAUUGUGUCUGGCGGAGACGACGGUGUUUUGAACGUAUGGGAUUUAAGAGAGAUUUCUUCAAAUGCUCCUACACCGAUAGCGUCUUUCAAGCACCACUCAGCCCCGAUUACCACGGUCGAGUGGAACUGCAAUGAUCCCUCCGUAUUCGCGUCUGGUGGUGAAGACGAUCAGAUCGCUUUGUGGGAUAUUGCGUGCGAGAAAGACGAUGCUGAUGGUGAUGUUGUGAUGGACGAAGUUCCUCCCCAGUUGUUGUUCAUUCAUCAAGGACAAGAGAAGAUCAAGGAGCUGCAUUGGCAUCCGCAAAUCCCCGGCUUAGUGAUUUCUACCGCGUUAUCGGGGUUCAACCUUUUCAAAUCUAUCAGUGUUUGA